GUCCCAGCUGGUGAUUGCCAAGUAUCUCCGACAGGGAGGACAACUGUUUGUAAACAAAACAGUUCUUCUUCCUGUCAGCUCGUGCACACUGCUUUGCAUGGCUGUGCACAGCACAGCCAUGUGUGAUUACAGUGAAGCUCACGGGCACAGCUUACAGUGAAACAGCACACAGUUAACCCUUUGAUCACCCCUCAUGUUAACCCCUUCCUGCCCAGUGCCAAUAGUACAGCGUCAGUCCUUUUUUUUUGCAUUGAUCACUGUAUUAGUGUCACUGGGGAUGUCAGUGACACCAAGUCAGUUCCCCCCAGUGUCAGAAUGCCCAACGCAGUCCCGCUAU